GUAACCGGCGUUGGCGCCUGGUCACUCCAAGCGCGUCAACUGGCUUCCGAUCCUGGCGCGCCCCCAACCUUUGAACGGGGACUAAAAUCUGCCCGCGUGUUAAGAUUGCAAGAGGCAGGCGGCCGUUGAGCAAGCUGGCUUCCAGCGCCUCGGUUCUCCUUUAGCGCCUGGGUUUCCGUUGCAAGGGACCAGGCGCGCAAAGGCUCCGCCCGCGGCCGCCUUGCCUUGCUUUCUCCUCCCGAGAGCGGCUGGCUUCGUCGGGAGGAGGAGCCCCGCCGAUGACGACGACGGACCAGGCCUCUUAGUCGUGCGAAGGGGGGACGGGGCGGCCUGGAGCUGCAUAGCCGCCGUCCGCAUGGAUCGGGGCCGGGCGCCGUAUUGCUUGCGCUGGAGGAAGUGUCGUCGGCGAUGGGCGCAGCCCCGCGGCUUAAACACUGAAGGUAGCCUGGCUAGCAGGAGCAGACCCAACAUACCGUAUAUGGACCCUUGGAUUGUGACUCUUCUGUUGAAGUACAAAGCAUCCGUAAUCAAAACAGAUGGACAGCUUGGACAUGUUUUGAAGGUUUUGAAUGAGCCAGGGGUUCACAAAGAUGCUGAGCAGGAUCCAGAAACAACUCUACUUAUUGGAGAUGGACGUCAUUACAUUAAAGUGGUGGUUGCAGGCAAAGCUGUUGAAAUGACAAAACAAUCUAUGGCUCAGUCUGGAUUUUCUGCUGUUAUUGGCCGGUUCAUCUUAUUGCAGAAAUAUACAGUCAUUUUUAAAAAUGCAGCUAAAGUGGAAGAUUGUCGAUUUUAUCUCACCCUUGAAUGUUUCCGGGUCAUGCCUAUGAAGAGAGAGGAGAAGACUCUGCAAAAUUGCAACCGGGUGAUGUCAGUCCUGCGAAAGAUAAGAGAACUAUGGCAGAAAAGUUUUGCCAUGCAGCUAUGGUUCAACUCAGAACAAAAAUCACAAUCGGUUUCCCAAGUCUUGAAAGAGAUAAACCAGGAUCAGCUGAACAUUCUGAAACAAAAUGCUAAGGAUUGUCUCAACUUAUUAGGCCCCCCAAAACUGUUGGAUUCUGAGCAACUGGCCGUGUAUCCUGACACUAAAUGGCAACUGGAACGGAAGCAAAAUAAGAUGAACCAAGACAUCUUCACAGUUCCAGCUAAGUAUCUGGUGAUCAGUGCAGAAAAUGAGGCAGCACUUUCCCAGUCCUACAUACCAAAUAACCCUCAGGUUUUUCCUGGAGGAGAUGUAGACACUGAAGAUGAUCGCAGUACUGUAUCUUUUUCCAGUGCAGAUUCUGCAAGUUUGGAUGGAUGCUUAGAAAAUCCCUGGGAUGCAGUCCCAGGAAUAAUCUUGAGCUCUUCCAGCGAUUCUUCUGGCAUAUCCCCUGGACUUCCCCAGAUGCAGCAGAUGCUCUUGGCCAGUCCUGCUGAAGAAGCAAGUCCAGACUCCAACACUUGCAUCUCACAUUUUCCGGAACCUUGUGAAAAUACGCCUCACUCUAGCUCUGAGCACGCUGCACCCGCAAAGUUUCCAUCACUGUUUCAUUUUCAGAACAGGGAAUUUCUGCACGAAACGGCCAGUCCGAAAUCUGACCUGAUUACGCCAACUACGUCAGGCCAGGCCAGCAAACUUGCAGACAGCGUUCCUUGCAGUCAGCCGUUAAAUAAAUCCUGUCUUCAUAAUUCCGUGCUUUCUUUUUCUUCUGUUGGUCAUUCCAAGGAGGGCGACUUGUCCUCUGAGCCGGUGUCUGAAAAUAGGAAGGAUCUAUUCCUUGCCGAUGGGGCCCAGGAGAGGACAGCUAGAUGGAAACACCGUGAAACUGAGACAUACGUGUCAGCUAAAAGGAAGCAAGGGCCAAGUGAAGAAGAAUCUUCUGAGACUUCUUCUCCAACUUGUAGUAGUAAUCUGGAAGCUGUAGGGCACUGCUCUACUGAGACCGUUACAAAAUCUAGUAAUCCAAGCAGGAAACACGUAAAUCGCUAUCUUCCCUUGGACUUUGAAAGCAUCCCCAAGAAAAGACGGCUGGAGGAGAUUCAGGAUCAGCAGGAACCUGUAUUUGCCCAUUGCAGUUACACAGAGAGGUUUCUGGAAGAAAGAAGCGAGCAGGUACCAAGAGGGGUCAUCACAAGGAAAUCAAAGCAAAUUGUUCAGCAAAAGGAGAACGCGAAAGGAGACAAUUGUCAUUUUAUACCCAACCCACCUACACCUGAGCUCUGCUCUCAAGUGCAGUCUGUAAGGAUCUCAGGAGCAUUGCUGGAAUGGGCACGCUGGGUUUGGAACAACCCGGAGAAGCAAUAAACUUCCUUAUGAUACUUUGAUCUCAGGUUGAAUUACCUAGACACUUUUGCUACGGUUAAGCUGUUUGGGGUUUUUUUAUUCUGUUUUCCUGAAGAUGGAUAUGUUGGUUUGAUUGCACGUCUGGGGGGGGGGGGAAGGAACCCAUCACCUUUUCAUCUGUUGUUUGGACGUCUCGAGCAAAGAUUGCUUUGAUUUUUGAUACAAAGAUGUGCCACUUGCUCAUGACAGAAUGACAGUGCCAUAAGACAUAAUGCUCCUAUUCAUAUAAAGUUAUAAGUGGGACUCAGCUAUAAAUGCACACUUGUUUGUAUACUUUUGUUUGUAACUUGUUAAAAUAAACUGGUAUCCAUUACAGCUUGCCUUGUAUGUCAUAAUUAUAAAGAGUUAUUUUUAAAUAGGGGGAAGCAGUUUUUUUUACAGUUGGUUGUAAAUAGAAUGCAAAGAAAUUUGGUCUUUAAAAGUUGACAUACGGAAAUUACAGUUCCUAAGCUAGUGAGUCCUGGGGCGUGCAAAAAAACUGUAAUUUUAUCUGCAAUGAGGGAUUUAAGGAGCAUAUCCCUUUUUGAAGGUAGAGAAUCUGUAUCCCACAUACCUUUAUAGCUGGUCCAGGAAUUCCUCAAAUUAUUUUAUUCACUUUGCUCCCUUAAGAGACUUUAGACAGUAGAAGUAUAUUCUCUGUUUAAAUGUUACGUGUUGCACAAUUUACUUGUGCUUUAGAAUUUCAGGAGUUUGCAAAGAGUAAAUCCAUAAGCAAUAGCACAUACCGUAGCUACAACCACAUAGUGGUUUUAAUGCAGUUAAGAAUACAAAAUUUCAUUUAUGGGUACAAUUCCAGUCUGGUUUGUUUGCAGUGAAUGAGAUGCCACUUAAGCCUGCAAUCAUAUGAAGACAAAUACUAUCUCUGUUGUUAUUCUCCAGUCGCAGGAUUUAUAUCUUUACAUUUCUAAAGAGGGAAGUUCCCUUACAGGUUAUGCCUUAUACUCUUGAGUCUGUUUUAUCUCUUUUAGAACAUUAAGAAAUGCAUAUAAUUGCUUCUUGUAGCUUUCAUGGUUCAGAGUUCUAUAAAGAACUUCGUUCACAGUCAACUGUCACUUUCAUUAGAUAACUAUGCAGCAAAGCAAAAUCAAAUUUGUAGAGUAUUUCAGGAGAAAGAUAUAUGUUAUGGGUCAUUAAGGUAACUGUGGCAUCAAGAAAGACCAUAUAGAAGAAGGUGAACAUUCAUUAUUGUGAUAGAAAUACGUCUAAUGAAGUGCUACACCAAUUAAAUAUUUCUUGCUUUAAGCGAUGAAUGGUUUUCUACAACAGUAUAUAUUUGUAAAAAUGCCAUAAAGGUAAUAAACAAUGGUAUGCCAACAUCAAUAUGAAUUAAAAUGCUUAUUUUUAA